AUGAAUAAAUAUUUUUUUACAAAACUUUUUAUACUAAUUAUUUUAUUACCUAUUAUUUAUGGUAUAAAUGAUAGUAUUACUUGUACUAUUGAAUGUGAUUACAAAGAUGAUAUUAAAAAUUUAGCCAAAGAUUUUUGUGAGCAAGAAAUAUUUGAAAAAGAAAGUUGUUUAUCAAAAAAAGAGGAUGGAUGUAUGUCUUUUUAUUUUAAAUCACAGGUGAUUGAUGGAAAAAGAAUUUCAUUUAGAUAUAAGGGAUGCUAUAAUUCUGAAUUUAUUAAUUUUGCUAAAAAUAUGAAUUUUACUGAUUUUCCUCUUAAUAAAUAUAUUGAUUCUACAAUAAAAUGGAAAGGAUACAAUUUUUAUGUCUUUGGAUCAAGGAAUACAAUUAAGAAUGUAUAA